AUGGCAAGACAGGGAGGGUUCUACGCCGUUCGAAAGGGCAGGGAAACUGGGAUCUUCAAUACAUGGAAAGAAUGCAAAAACCAGGUGGAUGGUUAUGGUGGUGCAAUUUAUAAAAAAUUUAACAAUUAUGAGCAAGCCAAGUCUUUCCUAGGCCAUUCAAAUGAUAUAUCUAACUACAGAAGUUCGGCGCAUACCGGAGGCCAAAUUGGUAAGCCUCAUACCACUCAAAAGCGAGUUCAGGUGAAGAAUCUGCCCCCUUCUUAUUAUUCCUCAUUGGCAUCGUCAUCCGCAUAUUCGCCUUCACGCUCUGGUAAUAAAAACACCUUUUAUUCAGUAAAGAGUAACGUUCCCAAUGUCGAAAGCAAAAUCUUCAAUAAUUGGAAAGACUGCCAAGCCUAUGUCAAGCAUAAAAGAGGUAUAACGUUCAAAAAGUUUGAAGAUGAAUCAGCUGCGGAAAACUUCAUAAACGGAGUCAGUGCGCAUGAUUACAAGCUUAUGAAUGUACCGAAGGACAUUUUUGAAUCUAAGUAUAAGCUUUCUGGCAAUACCAUAUAUGACAGGUCAAUGAACGUUUAUUGUGAUGGUUCAAGCUUCGGUAACGGCACGUCAUCUUCAAGGGCAGGCUAUGGUGCAUAUUUUGAAGGAGCACCUGAGGAAAACAUUUCUGAACCCUUAUUGUCGGGAGCCCAAACUAAUAAUAGAGCUGAAAUCGAAGCAGUUUCAGAAGCCUUAAAGAAAAUUUGGGACAAUUUAACAAAUGGAAAGGACAAAGUAAAUUAUCAAAUCAAAACUGAUUCAGAGUACGUAGCCAAGUUAUUAAACGACAGGUACACGACGUAUGAUAAUAAGAAACUGGAAGGUCUGCCCAAUUCUGAUUUAAUUGUUCCUUUAGUACAGAGAUUUGUUAAAGUUAAAAAGUACUAUGAGUUGAAUGAAGAAUGCUUCAAAAAUAAUGGUAAAUUUCAGAUUGAAUGGGUAAAAGGUCACGACGGUGAUCCAGGGAAUGAAAUGGCAGAUCUUCUGGCGAAAAAAGGUGCAUCCAGGCGAUAA